AUGUCAAUAUUAAACUUAUCACAUUUUUUAAUUCAAAAAAUAAUUUCAUUAUUAGAUAGUAAUAUUGAUAGAAUAUGUUUGAUAUUCAGUUGCAAACAGUUUUUCAGUGUAAAAGAUAAGAUAUUGUACUUUAAUCAUAAGUACAUUACUUGUACAGAUUCAGAACUUUACUAUCACUCGAUAUUCAAACUGAAAUCAUUUAAAUCUAUUUUAAUUCAAUCCAUUAUUAAUCAAUCAAAUGGUGUAAAUAGUUUAUAUAUUUCACAUGAUAUCUCUGAUAGGUAUAUAAGUCCAAUUGAUUUAGAAUCAAUAAAUGAUAUUGAAGAUAAAGAUCAUUUAACAGAGUUAAAGAUUAAUUUUUAUUAUAAGUCAAUUGAAACUAAACUAAUUCCACACAAUUUAAAGAAAUUGAUUCUUGAUAAAUUCAAUCAGAAUCUUAAAAAAGGUGAUCUAUAUCUAGACCACCUGGAAUAUUUGAAUCUUGGACCUGCAUUUUCAUCGAUGAUCGAAGAUGGCAGUUUACCACCAAAUCUAAAGUAUUUAAAUUUAGGUGGUAUAGUAGAAUUCCCUACUUCUCUACCAGAUGGAAUUGAAUAUCUAGAGUUUGGAAAUAGAUUCAAUAAGAUAUGUCAGUCUGCAUUGAUAAACUUGGAAUCCAUUGAAUUUGGAAAUAACUACAAUAAAUCAUUUACGAGAUGUGGUUUGGAGUUACCAGAGACAUUGAAAGAGAUUAUUGCUAGUUUCAAAUUCUAUCGGGCAAAUCGUUAUUCCAAUAUCCCAACGACAGUCAGUACACUAACUUUAAAAACAAGAUAUAGAACACUAAGUAUUAGAAGAGGUGAAGGUGGUUUCUUCACCAACGACCAUGUACUGAUGCUUAAUGAUCUUUCUGCUGGUGGACUUAUCAAUACGAUUCAAGCCGAUGAGAUUCUCAUAGAUCAAAGUGAAAUCCUGUUGGAAAUGGAUCAAAUGGAUAGACAAUUGCAAAUAAAACAAGAUAGAGGUAUAACAGAGGACCUGGCGCUUCCUGGUGAUCAAUGGUUUGACCAAGUCGGUGAUGGUUCUGAUAUCGACGACCACGAUGAUUUCUUUUCGAAUGUAGAUUUAGAUUAUUAUAUGCCUCUUGGAAACAAUAACAACUAUGAUGAAGAUCUUGAUAUGGAUGAAUCAAUGGAUAAUGAUUUAUAA